AUGUUCAAUCCGUUUGAUGAGGGAGCAGAUGAGACCAGUGAGAAUCACGUGUUUGAUUUGAUAUGCAAAUUGGAAAAGAAGAAUGAGAAUACGAGGUUGCGGGUGUUGGAUGAAUUGGAGAAGAGUGAAAUAAAGAAUGCUCAUUUGAAUAUGCUCUUAUGCAAAUUGAACAAGAAUAAAAAUGAUUCGAAUGAUUUGCUGGAGGAUAAAAUGAACAGAAUUUACGACAAAAUAAUCAGGGAGUGGCCAGUGGACGUGUUCAAUGAGAUGAAAGAGAUUGGAGACAGUAGAUUCAACACGAUGUGUCUUAGAAACAGAAUAUCCACAAAGAAGGUGAUCAAAUUGCUGGCAGCUGAUAAGGUUGCAAAUCACAUGUUCGUGAUCAAUAAUAGUGUUGAUUUGGGUGUAUUACAACUAUUUGUACAGUAUCAAGUAGAACAAAAUGCUACGAUUCUGAAUAAGCUGAAUAUUCAGUUUGAAUACAAGUUAACAACAAAUGACUUCAAGGCACUUCACUAUGUGAUUAAGAAUGUUGAUAAGAACAGUUUGAUUGCACGUGUGAUAUACGAGUACCUGAUGGAAAUGAAUGGCAUGUUCAAUAUCAAAAUAUACAUGUUGUUAGAUCAGUUUAGUGAUGAGAUCACUGAUUACGACAGAAUACAGAAAGAGGUAGAAGAGCAUUCGAGGGAUUUAUCAAAUAAGACACUGGAAUUGAUAUUCAAGUGUAACAAAAUAGUGAAAGAUAACAUACAGGUUGAAUCGUAUGAAAAAUGCAAGGUGUUAGGGAAGGAGAAAGAUGAUCAAUAUUUGAUCAGAGUGUUUGGAGACGAUUUUGAUGUUUUUGAAAUGAUGCAAGGAAGAAAGAAUGAAUUUUACGUGGAGUUGCUGAAGAAUAAGAAGAGUGAAAUUGUCAAAAGCGUCAAUAAACACUUUCAAAGUGUUAUUGAAUGUGACGUAGAUAACACCAUAUUGGAUGAAAUGAAGGAGAUGGAGAUAUCAAAUGUAGCUAAGUUGCAUAUUCUGUUCAAAUUAGGAGAGAAGAAGCCACUUGAAUUAACAAACCAAGAAAUCCAAACAUAUUUCAGGUGCGCACAAAAAGUGCUCAAUAGCAGCAGAAUUGUUGAAUUCCUGGAACAAACCAGAAGACACGACCUCGAUGUCACUGAAUUCAUCAAUGAAAAUCAGGAACUUGCCAACUUAGAAUGCAUGAAACAUUUUAAAAUCAGCUUCAGGGAGUUAAGGUUAACCAGCUUUCAUGCAACCAAAGAGUUGUUUGAACAGAAAUACGAUCAGUCUGAAAUUGCAUUUGGAGAAUACAGGAGCAACAACACGCUUCUUGCAGCCCUCUGCUACUGCAACAUCACCAAAGACGACCUCAAAUCCAUCUGGAACAGAAUCGACUUCAUGUUCAUCUUCAACCACUUCUGCAGCAAGAGACUCCUGCUCAAAUUGGUUCAGCUGGCACCAAGCUACGGCAGAAUAAUCACCCACAUUGCAUCCCACAUUGGUCAACUUGAUAUCCAGAACUCGAUCUACUUCACUGGAGGUGUCUUUGAUUCAGACGAAUUCUUCUACAAAAACACCCUUGUUCUCCCCUACAGGGAUAAACGAGUUGAAAUCAUCAGAGAUGUCCUAAAAAUGAUUCUUGACCAAGAAAGUGACCUAAUCAGCGCUAAACUGCUCCACAGCCUGUGCUGCCUGCUACUGUUUGAUGAAUUUACUGAAAUGUUUGACCUGGAUAGCACCAUCACAUCACCACUUGAAUUGCUUCUUGGUAAAAAUGGCAUCUUUUUGAACAGAAUCACCCGUCACCCAAAUCAGAUCAAUUCCAAACUAUCCCAAAUUGGAUUCCAGUACAAAACAAACAAGAAGGCACUUGACGUGGCAAUCAGAAAUGGAUCAAUUCAGGUAUUUGGUCUCACUGACCCCACAUUUCUCUCUGAUGAAGCAGUGUCCCUGAUAUCACGUCACAUCAUCAACGCAACUGAAUUUGAUACGCAUUGCUUCGUAGAUGGAAACUGCACCGUCUUCAACUCCCUGCUUGAAUCAAUCAAAAUGAUCGAUGGUGAUCGAAUGCUUCUGACUGAAUUCCGUCACCGUCGCCUUGCUGCCUAUUCCAGCCUGAUCACUGCCAUCUCAAAAUUGGCUUCGAACCUGAUGAUCGAUAACUGGUCAUUCAGCAAACAGGAGCAACACACAGAUCACGACUUCCUUCGUCAGUUUCUGACUGAUUGGAUCUCAGAAUACACCAACGCCUACUUCACCAUCCUCCUUCACACUCUCCACCGUAUCAGUAACCUGAUAUUGAUCAGUUUCAUAGAAGAAUGCAUCCCAAACAAGGCUGUCUCUGAUUUCACCAACUACGCCACUCCCAGUGAAAUGACUCUCUUUUGCUACCUGUUUCCUCGUAGAUUCAGACGACUCAGCCAGCCCAGUCUCAGCAUCACCAGCCUAAUCAGUUUGAUCAGAUCCAGGAGACUCCCUGAUGGUGUCACACUCUCAGUUGUCCCCAGCCACACCGUAACUGAGUUCAGAUACUCCUACGAGGUUGAUUCAAUCAAAGACGGUGUCACUUUCAGGCUGUUCAGUGACGUAUCAAGGCCACCAGUCUGUGACUCACAGAUUCGCCUGAAUAUCCUCCUUCAGAAGUCGUACAACCUGACUGAGAUAUUCAACACCUGGAAAGUCAACUACGACAAGAAGCUGGUUGGAUUCACAGAGUGUCUGAUUUGCUACUUCAUCAUUGAUCCAGAAUACAAGAGAGCACCAGACUACGAGUGUAGCAACUGCGGCAACAAGUUUCACAGGAGUUGCAUAUUCAGGUGGAUUGGGCAAGCCAGGAGUGAGAAGUGUCCAAUGUGUAGGGUGGAAUUGAACUGA